AUGUACGCUCCAUUUUUCGAAUCUCCUCCGUCGCUUGUUUUCAAGCCGGAUGGCUCCGUACUUUUUGAGUGCAUCUGCAGUGGUAACCCACAGCCGACAAUUCAAUGGUUCUUCAAAGGACAAGAAUUGAAAGGUGACCGAUUCGUACCAAAAAUCAAGAAGAGCGUUGGGAAAUGGACAGUGACACUCAUCAUGAAGAAUCCGACGCAAGACGAUCAAGGAGUUUACAAAGUGGUCGCCACGAAUUCGGCAGGGACGCAUUCAGUCGAACAGCAGUACGUCCACUCCCAGACUGCCAACGAGAUCUUCAAAACGCAGUAG